AGAGGAGGUGCUGCUGUGCUGUGUGAGAGUUAGUGACUGAUUUGCACUCGUUCUUUGAAGAUACAUUCACACCAAUAAAUGAGGCACAGCACAAUGCAUGAAUGCAUUUGGUCAGAUGAGGAAUGAUGCUAUGGACGAUUAUCUUCGUUUGAAAGGCACAGAUGAAGAGGGCUAGCAUGUCUCGUCCUGUAUGGAGUUCACUUCAGAUGCUCCUCCUUCUGUCCUCUUCUGUCAGGAUUAAUCCUGCUGUGUCUGAAUUAGUAUUUUCAAUCUUACCAGAAGAUGGCGUUGGGAUUUUAAAUAGCUCUCUGAUGCUGCACUGCACAGUGUUUGACUCUGGCCCAAAGGGUCCUCCACCAGUGAAAUGGGAGAGAGACACUGGUGGUCUGGACAGCAGGAUUCAUCAAAUGGCCAAUGGCUCACUUUUCUUUCCACACUUAAAAGAGGAAGACUUUGGAAACUAUUCGUGCAGUGCAAAGAGAGGGAACAAACAGAUUCAGACCACUGUCAUGAUCAGCAAAGCAUGCCUGGAAGAUGUGUUCUUUCACCCUCAGUCCAUGAGAACUGAAGAGGGACAUGAUGUUUUCCUUCAGUGUGUCUCUGGUGAUAGUUCUCCUCCUGCUCAGAUUUCAUGGUUGAAAAAUGGCAGAGUUCUCAAAAAAGGAAACCAGAUUCAGGGACAGUAUGGAGGAGGGAGUCAAAGGAAGACUUCGGGCACCUUGCACAUGGCUAACAUCACCAAAACAGACCAAGGAAUAUAUAUCUGUAUCACCCACAAUCCUCUUCUGAACAUAAGCAAAGAGAGUCAAGCAGCAACUCUGAUAGUGCAUGGUUUCAAUGUAGACAUAAAGGUCAUUGAGGGCCCACAAAAUGUCACUGUACCUGUUGAAAAGGAAGCGGCACUCCACUGCUUUGUUGAAGGCUUCCCCAUUCCCACAGUGCAGUGGUUUAAGGAUGGACGUCCAUUACCCAAUUCUUCUAGAUGGGAUCUGCAGAAGGACGGACAACUGCUGAUUUUCAAGAGAGUUUUGUCAGAAGAUGAGGGGCUAUAUUUCUGUGAAGCUCACAAUGAGAAGGAGAAAGUGAAAUCCCAACCAGCCUACCUCUUACCUGCAGUUAUGGAUUCGACCUUUAUGCUUGAACCUGCCAACCUAACAGUGAGGAAGGGUGAAUCUGCGACUCUAUCCUGUAGGCCUCCUCACAGCAGACCUCAAGCACAAGUGUCCUGGUUUAAGAACAACAGACUCCUCCACCCAGGACUGCAUUAUACUGCUGAUCCUAAUGGAGACCUGCUCUUCCACAGUGUACACGAGACAGACAGUGGAUUGUAUUUCUGCAGAGCAUCUAAUUCCCUUCUCAAAAAGGCUCUCACCUCGAAAAAAAUCUUCCUGGAUGUUCAUGAACCUCCAUCCGUGACUAUCUGGCCAACGGUGAUAACGUCUCCUGUAGGAGCUGAAGUGACGAUUCACUGCCAAGUGUUAGGACACCCUGCUCCUUCAAUCAAGUGGUCAAAGCUAGGCCAGUCUGUCCAAACUGGAGGCAAAAUUAUCAUGGGGUUGAGAAACACAACUCUCUACAUUUCAUCAGCGAGAAAGCAUGAUGAAGGACAUUACACAUGCACAGCCUCCAAUACACUGGGUCACGAUGAGAAAACCAUGACUCUUCGAGUUGCGGUGAAACCAGUCAUUGUUUCCUUCGUUGCAUCACUCACUGCCUCAGAGGGAUCUCCUGUUAGACUCCCUUGUCGAGCCGUAGGAGAUUUUCCUGUCAAAUAUACUUGGAUUAGAACCGCUUUGAUAGGAAACUCACAACUGUCUGAUCCAAAGUCUCUGGUCUCACUCCCACAACAGAUACACAUUGAUGAUAAUGGGACAUUAGUCAUCUCAAAUAUUCACCAGUCUGAUUCAGGAGAGUACCACUGCACUGCAGAAAACAGAGUCGGUCAGGAUGUGAGAAGUGCCAUUAUAACUGUAACAGCUGACUCUGAUGUCCUACGUGAUAAAGAAGCACUGAGUAAAAUGAUUAUAACCACUGUUCCAGAGAGUGAACAAGAACUAUUUACUAAUUCAUUUCUCUAUGGUUCAAAGAUUCGGAACAAUACAGAGAUAAAAGAAUCCCUUCAGCAGACAACUGAAGUUUAUACAAAGAUAUCUUUGUUAAAUGCUUUUGUGGAGGACUCACCAACACACUUGAAUCUUGAAUCUACCCAAGACACUACAGAAUUGAUUUCACUGAAGCCAACUGGCAUUAGCAUAGGAAGUAAUGAGAACAUUAAAGAACCUAUACAAACACAAAAUACAACUGCUGUGCCCGUCAAACCUACACCAUCUCCCCGACUCAAAGAGACUUUUAUGCAGGAUACACAUCCACAUAUCCAACCAACGGACCAGGUCACUAAACCUCCAUUAAUGAAUCCAAUCACAAACAGCCCCUCGCCUGCAGACUCAUAUUCUCAGAUUAAAAACAUUCAGAGCUUUUCCCAGACUCCAGGCUUACCUUUAAUGGAUGUGGACAACUUCACUGCCUCAGCCCCUGUGGAACAGCAUCAAAAUAAGAGUCAAAGCAUUAAGCAGUCUGGAGGUACGAAGUCAUCAAUGACAAAUGAAACAGAACUAGUUGAAUCACUCAAGAAAAACACCUCACAGGCCCCUAUGAGGACCACUGACAAUAAUAACAGAGAAAAGGAGAAAUCUCAGACUUGGUUGCCUGUGAUUGAGAAACAUGACAUUCCCAUUGUGGUUGGAGUAGGUGUUUCCUUGGCAUUCAUUUUUAUUGCCAUGGCCUUUUAUUCUCUGGUUCAGACAAAUGAUCCUGCAGCUAUACCUACAGGGAGAGCAGCUCUCAGGUGUAUGGGUGGGCCUUGCAGACAUGGGGAACGUCUUGCGAUGGAAAGGACAUAUGAUAACAAAGCAUUUGAGGAUGAUAAUUUGGUGGCUGUUAUCGAACAAAGCCCCAACAUAUCCGAGACAAGAGCGCUCCCAACAGAAAGCAGCCCAUCCACCAUAAUGAUGGAGCCACCAUCAGAUGAGGUGCAAGAGGGUGUCCAUUCCACCCAGGACCUGCCAGUUUUUGUGGAGACUCACCCGGAGCCUAGAGAGGAGGACCAGCUGGAGACUAUAUUUGAGGAGGGGAAGGUGUCUCCCUCACCACAUUCUGACAUUCAGCUGCAGUGUAUGGAGGACUGGAGGAGCAGAGAAUUUGAACCAUGUCAGGACGCCCCCUCACCUCCUCCAGCCAAUCCAGCACCUGCCCAGGAGGAGGGUCUGCGGUCUUCCCUGACCCUCCAGACCACCGAUCCCUCCUCAACUCCUGUGCGCCACAGCAUCAAUAUCUCCCACGGUUUCUCUCCCCUCAUGCUGUCCCACUGCGUGUCUCUGGGCAUGACCUCUGUGGCUGUGGAUGUGCACUUCUACCCUUCGGCCCCCUCAGCAGCCGGCAUUCCUCCAUGCCCUGCUUUUGGAGCCCCGGGCCAGCAGGUGAACACCAGGCUGGACCAUGAACUAUCUGCACCCUCUGCUAGCCACAGUAAAUAACAAGUGUGUUUAACAAAUAUUAAAGUCGAAAGAAAGCUCUUCU